AUGCAAGCUGGCGGAGCCAAAGAAAUCCAAAUCACGCGGUUCUACGAAGGCUCGUCGAUCAUCAAUCCACAAGGGAAAUCACCAACGUGUCUGCCACCGCUCGCCGCAUUGCGUGUAUACUUCCAAGAUGCACUGGGAUCGCCACAGCGCAGCGAAUGGAAUCAGCGUUGUGGCACUGUGUACCAGAUCCUAAAUGAGUUUAAGAACAAGGUCAUCAAGCUCCUGUCACCCGAUGGCCAAAUCGUUGCCGACUGCCUGGAACACGGGAUGAGUGUCACAGAGGCAACGCAUAUGGUUAACGAGUAUCGUCAGUCGGUCAACGAGGUACACGUCGGCCGGUCAGCUGUGUACAGCUCCUCACUCCGCAUGAAGCCUGUUGUGACACCACUGGUUCGCCAAAAGCAAGGAAAUGCUGAUCAAGACUCUGCCUGGGCAAUCGCCCGUAACGGACAUGCCCAGCAGUUUGCCACUCGAUUGGGGAUAUGGAGCGGGAACGAUGGUGCUUGCCCUCCUUACCUGGACAAAGCCCAACUAACGCCAAUUGAAAUCACCCAAGUGGUUGUGUGA